UUUAUAUGCGAUCCCUCUACUGACAAAAACUUUUGGUUUUAUGCUUUUAAUAAAGAUUGUUUACAUGAUGUAAAUUACAUCGGUAAAUUUAUAAUUGUUACAAGUGGACAAUUAUUUAAUUCAGUUUUAUUAGAUCCCUUUUGAUGCCAUCUAAAUCAAAUGAUUUGAUUGUGAUAACAUAGAAUAUUUUAACACUUUGAUUCUUCCAAUUUUUAAAUUUGAAAGAUCCAAGCCUGGAUAAAAGUGUCUUAAACUUUCUAUUAUGUGGCUUAAAUGUAAAUACCCAUUAACUCCAACCGAAGAUAGUAAUAUUUGGUAUCCAGAAAUUGAUGGCUGUGGUCUUCUGUGUAAUAUAACAUUAAUAUCAACUGAAGAUCAAACUUCAAUCCAAAACAUUGUUUGGUAUGCUGGAUUAAGUGUCAUCAUAUUUCUUUCUUUGUGUCUAUUUACUUUUCGUGUUGAUUGGAAAAGUGCUAACCGUUAUCCAUCGGUUGGAAUUUAUUAUCUUUCUAUCUGCCUUUUUCUCCAUUAUAUUGGAUGGAUGGUUCAAUUUUUUUACACCAAACAAUCAAUAGUUUGUCGUCAUGACAAUACUAGAAGAUAUAGUGAACCAGGUAGUCCUGGGUCAGCACUUUGUAUUCUAGUUUUCUUUCUUAUUUACUACUUUGGCAUAGCAGCGCUUAUCUGGCUGGUUAUUGUCUGUUACCUUUGGUAUCAUAAACUCAAAGUGCCCAAAGGAAAUUUUAAUGAUCUUAUUGAAAAACGUCGCCAACCUAUGCAUGUUUUCGCAUGGAGUAUUCCAUUUGCUCUUACCGUAAUGAUAAUCCUUCUUAACAAAAUUGAUAGCUAUCCGAUGCUUGGAAUCUGCUUCGUUAGUUCUGACGAGCCUAUUAUGCAGAUUUUUGUUUGGAUACCCAUUAUCUUAUGCCUAUCUGUAGGCAUUUUUAAUACCAGUAAAACUAUGCAUGUUUUAAUUAAAGCAAAAUCAGUUGCUGUUUCACAUCUCACAAAGAGGAGAAAGCGUGAUGCUACCAUCAACAGAAUGCUUAUAAGAUUAGGAAUCUUUUGGUGUUGUUUGUUGAAAUUCUUUGCUGUGGUUAUUUAUGCUCAAAUAACAGACCAUUUAAACUCCCAUAAAUGGAAAAAAAAGUUAGAUAAUCUUGUAUUAUGUUCAAUAGAUUCAAUGAUUCCUAAAUUGGAUCCAAACAGAACUGCUGAAUGUGAACCAAAUGUAUCGGCUCCUAGUUUGUCUCACUUGAAAAUCCAAUUAUUUGUUUGGUUCAGUGUUGGUUUUACUAUUAUUAUUUGGUUAUUCACCCGAGCAUCGUGGGAGGCAUGGAGGAGAUUUUUUCUCAAAAAGUGUGAUGCCUAUUCAAUAGGACGUCAUGGAAGAAAACAUGAAAUGUUAGCAAAAGCGUAUAAAUACCGGAGAGCCACUAAAUAUAAUCAAGAAUCUCUUCAUGGUGAUCCAGUUGACAUGAAUCUCACUUCUGCAACAUCGCAGGAAAUAUCAACUGAAUGGCUUGCUAAUUUUCCCAAAUUUCUUCAACGAAGAGCUGCUAUUACAAGUCUGACUAAUGCCAAUCAUUAUUUGUCUAGGUAUAGAACUUAUAACAACAAUAAUAACUCUUCAAUAUCAGACACUAGUAUGCAACAAGGAUUAUCCUGUGGCUCCAUGAUCAGUAAUCAUCAAUCACUCGAUUCACAGGCUAGUAUUGAUAUUAUUAGUCGUCAUGUUCGCCGUAAAACAAAGAAAGAGCGUGUACGUCUCUCCUCCAAGAUUGGUCUUUGGAAACGGCGAGGGAGUGAUUCUUCGAUUCAAAGUAACAACCUUGCAAUUAUUAGCAAUCAAAUUCGCUCUCAUGACGCUGUUACUAGAGCAACAAGUACUGGUGACUUACAAUUACCAGGUCCUUCGUCAGUGUUACCUGCCUGUAGCUAUUUACCUUCCUCUUUUCCUCACCCAACUGCGUAUCCUGUUAUGUCUCCUACAUUUUCAGUAAUGAGCCGACCAAGAACCGAUAAACCUCCUGUUAAUCAUCCCUUUACACAUGGGAUGUCCCAACAAGGAGAUUCACUCAUAAAUCCAUUGCAAGAACGACGUCGACCAGAUAGUAGCAUCAAUGGUAGUAGCGCGUCAGCUUCGCAACAAAAUGCAAAUUUAGGAGUUGGCUAUCUUAACUCUUUUAAUUGUACAAUGUCAAUGUCAGGGCAACCCUUAGGCCCUUUUGCAAAUCCAAAUCUCAUGGUUAAUGGCUGCGGUCCGCCUAAUGGAAUACCCAAUUAUUUUGGAUUUUCAGCUCCAACACCAUUCUCUCAACAACCGCCAACUUCAUCACUUUAUAAUCCAUACUACCCACUGGUUCCUUGUGCUCCUUUUUCAAAUGGUGCCAGUAAUUUAGAUGAAUUGCAAAGUAUUAACCGUGCAAGAGAAGCUUGCCUUCCUUUGAUCACUGGUGUUGACACUUGCAGUGAAGACGGAGAAAAAAAGUUUUUACCAAUAGCAAUUUCAGACUCUGAAGGUUUUACUGAUGGUGGAUUUGGUCCAUCAGUUAGUCGCACAACAAGUCGAACGGCCCGUCGUUUACAAGGUAGCUCUUGUAAGUGAACUAAGGCUUUUGCUCAAUGAAGAAAAAAUCAACAACUGAUUAACUUUCGCUAAUGAAGUGCUCAAGAUUUAUCGAGUUUUUAAAAGCUGACUAUUUAUGAAACUGUCUUUCUAUUUCGCUGUUUAUUGACAUGAAUUAUUCGACUCAUCCUUCAAUAUUGGAAUAUUAUCUCAAAAUCUUUGCGGCUCAAUAACUAAUUUAAUUUCCAUGACAACUUUACUUGACUCAAUAAUGUCAAGUUUCUCAACUACGCUAAAAUUGCAAAGAAUUGAAAAGAAAAAUAUUUUCACGUAAAGUAAAAUACUACAAAUUUGUGAUGAUUUGUGCUUUAUGUCGAAUCAAAUACCCCAAAAUAUACAUGAAUCUCGUUUAUGUCAGCAAUCAGCUUACAGAAAACUGCCUUCACUUCUAUUUAUUGUUAGACUCUUAACCGAAAGGAUUAAAAACAUAGGACUAUAUCCAUGAUAAUUAUCUAAUACUGUUCUAGUUGAUAAUGUUGUUGGUUAUUUUGUGUGUAUAAGUUCGAACUAUUUAUAGAUCUUUUUAUAAAAAUCUGACCAUUUGGUAAAAAUUGAAAUACUCUAAAGUAAAUCAACAAAUUUCAACUUGAACAGUAUUUCUCACUGUUAACAAUCAGUGGAAAAGCACAGAUAAAUAUCAAGGUUACUCGUUCUUUUGCCUCUGUAUAAAUGUUCAUUAUUUUUUCACAUCAAUCUAUAAACUUGAUUACUUUUUCAUCAUCACCUGAAAAUCCUCAUCACAGAUUUCUGAUAAAUUUGUGGUUUUUGACCAUACUGUCAAUAAAAUAUUUUCAUUUUCAA